GUUCUACUACAUAGUUGGUCCACAAGCAGAAAUUUGCCAAGGCAUGGACAAAUCAUGUGAUGCAUUUUGGAACAACAACAAGUAACAGGGCUGAAGGUGCACAUGCCAGCUUGAAGUUGAUGUUGCGGAACAGUAAGGGUGACCUGGCCACAUCAUGGAAUGCGUCGCAUAGUUUGACCACCAAUCGCCACACUGAGAUAGUAGCAUCGUUUGAGCGCAGUAUGAAUAAAAUUGAUCACCUUUUCAAGACCCCUUUCUACACAAAUAUUAGGGGAUUUGUGUCAAUCAAAUGCCUGAAACUCAUUGAUGCUGAACUGACAAGAAUGCGAGCCUGCGGCGGCAGAUGCGAUUGCUUAUUGAGAGAGACUCAUGGACUACCUUGCGGUUGUCAACUUGCAGAUUAUGAGAGGAUUCCGUACGAGGCCAUUCAUCCAUUCUGGAAGAGCCUAAGUUGGGAGCAUGUACCUGUUGCAGAUACUGGCAGCUCAGAUAUUUGCGGACUAAACCAUGGAGAGAUGCACCCAGAAGUUGAGGCACUGACACGUUAUUUCCAUUCUUUGGAUACUGGAGGGCAGAGUAUGGUAAGGAGGAAGCUUCAAGCGAUAUAUUGUCCUGAAAGGAGUACACUAUGUACUCCUGAGCUUCGGAUAAAGUUCAACCGCACUCCUAAGUUGAAAGAGAGCAAACAACCCAAGGGUCGAGCAAUAGGAUCCUUGACUCGUGAUCCUUCAGCGUUUGAACUUACAGACAAGAAGAUUAAAGAGGAAAAGAAGUCUUCACAUGCUUAUGUUUAAUUUUGUUUUCGGUGUUGCUUAUGUUUAAUUUGGUUGUGUAACCGUUUAACUUAUUGUCAUGGAUUACUACAUGCUUUGAA